UUAGUCUGAAUCCUUGUCUGGCAAAAAUUUUUGCUAAUAUGUUACCUGUUUUUAUCACGAGAGCUGUUUGUCGUUUUAUUCUAAAUAAACAAAACCUUGACCCUUAUUAUAUUUACUGAGCUAUAUCAACGCUUACAUCACGAACAGAAACAAGGGUCAAUUCAUGUGUGUAAAAGUAUAUCGAAGAUAUGUAUCUACUUGGGAUUACGUCAUUGUCAAGAAGUUAUUUAAAAAUUAAAAAGUUACUUGAUGUUCAUGUAAACACAUAAAGCGUAAAACUGUGGAAAAACAAACAAAAGCAGCUCAGCCAAGGUCUUCCAAGGUCGCACCAAGGUGAAGAUCGCGUGAAUGAUUAACGAAAGACGUCAAAACACUCCGCCAUACUGCCAUAAUCAUCAUGUCAACUUUUGAAAUAUUACUUUUGCCGUCCUCUUACAAAAUUGAAAUCUUUCCCCCAUUCUUACUCCGCAAUUGUAUUCGUACGGAUCCAUUCUCUAAGUAAUACGCGACAUUAAAAAUGUCCUAUUAUCAUAGCAACAAAAAUUUAUAUUCAAAAACGUUACCUAUACCGAACGGUUUCGUCCAUUUUGAUGAGAAACCGAAAAAUAAAAUAGUGUUUCUAGAUGUCACUCCAAUAAAAACGCCCAAUUAUAAAUCUUCAAAGAACGCGAUUGUACCUUUAAUAAAUAAUUUGAUAGAAACAAACAUUUAUAAGGACAUAGUUUACAAAAAUAUUGGUCCUGUAUUCAAUUUAUUGAGACUUAUGGGUAUUCUUCCAUUAACAAAAAAAUCGCCUGGAUUAAACCAAUUCACAGUAACAUCAAUUUCUAUGGUUUAUUCCGCUGUGUUAUAUUUCUUACUUAUUACCUACAUUUUGUAUCUGUCUUUACACAAAGUUCAGAUCUUGCGUACGGCAGAAGGUAAGUUUGAAGAAGCGGUCAUCGAGUACCUCUUCACGGUGUAUUUGUUUCCGACAAUUGUUGUCCCAAUAAUGUGGUAUGAAACGAGAAAAAUUGCAGGAGUUCUAAAUGGAUGGGUCGAUUUUGAGAUAACCUACAAAAAAUUAUCCGGUCAAGCAUUGCCUCUCUAUUUAUACAGAAAGUCUCUUGCAAUCGCUUUUAUAAUUCCCAUCCUAUCAACCACCUCGGUGAUAAUAACUCAUGUCACGAUGGUUGAUUUCAAGUUGGUACAGAUUAUACCAUACGUAUUCCUGGAGAUACUAACAUACAUCCUCGGAGGUUACUGGUACUUACUCUGCGAAACAUUGAGCAUGUGUGCCAAAAUAUUAGCCGAAGACUUUCAACUGGCUCUGCGACACAUUGGUCCAGCGGGAAAAGUCGCCGAAUACCGUGCUCUAUGGCUGCGUCUGAGUAAACUGGCACGAGACACUGGCAUAGCCAACUGCUACACUUUCACCUUCGUCAACCUCUAUUUGUUUCUGAUUAUUACUCUGUCGAUCUAUGGUCUCCUUAGCCAAAUUUCCGAGGGCUUCGGCAUCAAGGAUAUUGGACUGGCUGUAACCGCAACUUGCAGCAUAUUUUUACUCUUCUUUAUCUGUGACGAGGCACAUUACGCUUCGCAGAAUGUACGUACAAAUUUCCAAAAGAAAUUGUUAAUGGUCGAACUCUCGUGGAUGAAUGCUGAUGCGCAAACGGAGGUUAAUAUGUUUCUACGAGCUACUGAAAUGAAUCCCUCACAAAUAAGUCUCGGCGGAUUUUUCGAUGUAAAUAGAAACCUAUUCAAAUCGCUUUUAGCGACAAUGGUCACGUAUUUAGUAGUACUACUACAAUUCCAAAUAAGUAUUCCUGAUGAUAAUCAAGGUGAAAAGGAAUUUGAGGGUAGAUUCUUUCAUAACGAUACCACGACCACCACAACAGUUGAAACAUCCAGUGUUGCCACCACAAUGACGACAAUUUUAACAACGCUGGCGAAAAAAUAUAAACAAUAAACAUUUAAAUAUGUCAUAGACUUCAGUCACUUAUUUAUAAUUUAGCAAGGAGUAAAUAGAGUGUUAUAAUUUCAUUUAAACUGAAUGAGUACGACAAAUAUAAGUGAUUUUUUUCUUUUUAAAACUAAAUUUUUAACCGACGUCAUUCCUCUGAAAUUUUAUGUGAUAUUCCAGUUAUAUUAUGCCCCUGAACUACACUAAGGUGAUAGAUGUCCCUUCUCUGUGACAAAAGCGUGAACCCCCCACUUUUCCUUCCUAAUAUUUUCCUAACAAUUAUAUUUCGAUGCAACUCAAUAAUUAGUCUUGUUUUGUAAGUAAGUUUACAACACUACCUACAUUUAGAUGAUAUUUUAAAUAAACUCUCGUAUGCUUGUAAUCUUUCAUAAAUGUUGUGUUUAGUAUUAAUUACCUUAAAUAAGUGAAUUGUAAAUUUUUAUUAAGGUUAAUAAAUAUUCUUAAA